GUCUGGGAACUUUCUCAUGAACCUAAGUGUGGCUCACCGAAGCUUCCGUCCGUUCCCCAUCAUGCUCUGUGCCGCUGCUAGGCGACGUGGGCUACAAAGCUGCAGGAUUAGUCUGUCCUAAGCCAUGGAUUGGCCGGAUGAGAGUCAAUGGGAUGAAACCACCUGCAACAUGGCUAUUUGUCAGCAUCCGCAAUGCUGGGCAGCUCUCCGCAGGAUUGAGAGGGGCCAUCCUCGAAUCCUGGGCUCACCCUGCAAAACUUUUCUGAAUAUUGAAGAGAAACUCCCAGUGCUCACCAUUGUAAACAUCUCAGAUUCCUGCCUCCGGACCAAGAGAUGUGCUCAUCAAGAAUUGUCAAAAUUUACCUUCACCAAGGCUCAUCCUUUAUUGUCUCAGUGUUCAAAGAUUGAUGCCAAAUUCCAAGGCAGGCAUUGGAAAGGUUUACCUGACAAAAGAUUGAUCAGCUCUGCUAAGAGAUCUUCCAAACUUCCAGUGUUAAAUUUGAAUGAGACAAAACUUCCUUGUCCUGAAGGUGUCAGAAAUAUGGUUGUAAUCUGGAUUCCAGAACCAGAGAAGAAUGUGAGCUUAGCUAAGAAGACACAUACUUUCCCCAGCCAGGAUGAGAAGGAGGAAAGAAAGAAAUUGGCAGUGGGAAACAAACCACCUCUGGAUCACUCUGAAAGGAAGCACACAGAGAUGCAGCUGAGAUUUCCAGAUGUGAUGGUGCCGCCCCCCUCCCCAGUUCACUCUUUUGAAUCCAUACCUGGCUGGAGCAAAUUUGCCAUGCUGCCUCAGGAUCUACUAAAGGACCUUUUAUCAGAUGGAGGGAAAACCGUGCCUUGUCCGGAGACGAAGAUACAAUUGGCCAUGAUGAAAAAGAAGCUUCCCCUGGAAAAGAACCGACCCGAGAGUGCACUUUCUUCUAAGAUGUUUCUGACUAUACACAGCCUCACCCUGCAAACACCAACAUUAAGAUAUUCUGAACAUUUGAAGAAAUUACAUUGUAACCUGCAGGGAGAAGAUUACAGAAAGCAGCAGCAACAUCAGCAGCAGCAGCAGAAGAAGAAAAAGAAGAAGAAGAGGAAGGUGAAAACACCUACUAAGAAAAAGGAGGCUACAGAGAAAGCCACGAGURACCCAGGGAGCCAGACGACUGCACAGAAGCAUUCCAUUUCCAUCGAUCUUAAUCGUCUCCAUGGUCCUGAAAUAUCUGAGGCAGAAGCCACUUACAAGGACGUCAGUGCUCCAGAGGAGGCUGUUCUGGAAGGUCCAGUUGCCAGUGGACAAAACAUUUCAGGACAAAUGACUGGAGAAAGCUGGAACCCUGAGCUCAAACUACUGAGGACUCUUCAGCCCACUGAUGACGAGAAUGAGAAGAACCAGCCCUCUGGGGCACAGAGUGGGAAGUCUCUGCAGACAUAAGUUGAAGGCAUCACUUAGGCCAGCCUUAUCGGAUACCUCAGAUACCAGGUGUCUGAGGACAGUGACCUUUGACAUAGGGUAGAAAAAUGAGGGGAAUUCUGUUCCAGAGGCUUCACCAGGGCCUGAGUUUAGAGAUUUUUCAUUUACUUCUAUUGGCCUCUAAAAUAUGUGAGGGAGAAGAAGCCCUUUUAAACGUAGGUGACUUCUCCACUGGGGAGAAUAAUUUUAAUGAUUAAACACAACUGCUUCUCAAUCAGAAGACUCAUUCUCUGUUUCUUAGUGUCUGUUUUUUGGGUUACUCUUAUAUUUUCUUUGAAACUCUGAAAG